AAGAUCCCCACACAUGAUGUGCCAGAGCAAUGCAGAGAGGGGAUCAAACUCCAGCAUCUUCUGCACUGCUGCGGCCACAGACAGACAGAGGAAUGCGAAAAUCUCCCGACAUGAGUCCACGUCGCCUGUCAGAUAUCAGCCCCCAACUUCGACAGUUAAAGCACCUUGUUGUGGACGAGGAGAUAAAGGAGGAGAUCAAGUCUUCUCGAUCUGUGGAGGACAUAAAUAAUGCGUCCAUAGAGGAGCGCAUCCUGAGAAUCACAGGGUACUACGGUUACCAGCCGUGGAGCACAGCUAACGGAGUUCUGGAGCAGUCGAGCAGAGAGAAGGCAGAUGCUAAGGCAGACGACCAUGAAGGGACAGGCCCGGUGAAGUCGCGGAGAGCCAAGACGGAGCAGAGCGUGCGUUGCGGCCUGCGUCUCACUGCAGACCACCUGUGUCGGGCAAUCUGGGGCGUCGCUGUGGUGCUGUGCGUCUCCUCAUCCUGGUCGGGCUCCACCCAGCUGGCCAAGCUGACCGUCCGGCAGCUCGAUAUUCCCUUCACGCUCACCUGGUUCUCCACCUCCUGGAACUGCGCCCUCUUUCCGCUCUACUACCUGGGACACCUCUGCAGCAGCCAGGACAGACAGAGCCCACGGCAGCGCUUCAGGGAGUGCUCUCAGAUCUUGGGUGACGACGGGCUGUCUGUGAGGACACUACUGUCACGCGUGGCCCCGUUCGGGGUGCUGUGGACCCUCACCAGCUACCUGUACCUGCAGGGCCUGCGCACGAUCCCACCCACGGACGCCUGCGCCCUCUUCUGCUGCAGCCGUGCCUUCGUCUUCCUCAUCUCGUGGAUUGCGCUGCGCGAGCGCUUCAUAGGGAUCAGGAUCGUCGCUGCUAUUUUAGCUAUUGCAGGCAUAGUGAUGAUAACAUAUGCAGAUGGUUUCCAUAGUCACUCUGUGAUUGGCAUUUCCCUGGUGGUUGCAAGUGCUUCAACAGCAGCCACGUAUAAGGUGAUGUUCAGGCUGGUUUUGGGCAGUGCCAGGCUGGGCGAGGCAGCUCUGUACCUCACUGUGCUGGGAGGAGCCAACCUGCUCUUUGUCAGCAUUGUUCCGCUCAUUUUGCUCCUCACUGGGGCCGAAGACUUUGGCCCUCCUGCAGACUUGCCUUGGCCCAGCCUGUGUGCCAUGGCUGCACUUCUUCUGGUGUUCAACUUCCUGUUAAAUUUUGGUGUUUUGGUAACAUUUCCUACACUGAUUUCUUUGGGCAUUGUCCUCAGUGUACCUGUGAAUGCUGUAAUAGAUCACUACACAUCUGAGAUCCAGUUCAAUAGCGUGCGUGUCAUCGCAGUGUCCAUCAUCUGCCUGGGCUUCCUGUUAUUGCUUCUGCCAGAGGACUGGGACCAGUGUCUGCUGCAGCUGCACUCCAAGUUGUAUAACAGAGACAAGCCACAAGAGGGCACUAGAGAUGCAAACUCCGAAACAGGGCACACGCAGUCCAGUGAGACUAGAAACUCCGCUAAAAUUUCUCCAUUAAACUGAACUACUGGGGUUUUUUUUUUUUGGUUUUUUUUUUUCAUAUAUUCAUUCUUUAUUGACCUGAGGAGAAGCGCUUUUGCGUUUGGGCUUUUACAAAUCAAUAAAAUUGCGAAAGAUGGCAAACAGCACUUACAUGGAAAGAUAAGGCAUGCACUGUGAUUGUGGUUCGACUGCAAUAGUGCAUUUGCUGGGUAGAAGGUGCUGUUGCUAUCUGGUGCACAGGGAAAGAAGCCCUAUGCAAUAGUAAUGUUGGCUUAAAACCUUUUGGUUGAUAUUGUCAUAGGUUGUUAAACAUGUAACAGGGUGAAUAUUGAAUUCGGGAUUGAGCAAGUUGUUUUAAAAACAGCUUUAAAAACAGAAUUGUGUUUGUUUUAAUGUUUUUUUCUGUUCAGCAAAGCACCAAACUGUACAAUGUAGCAUCUUUUGCAUUAUUUGAAACUAGCAGUGCUGGAUGAGAGUCAUUUCAGGAUUUGCUACAAUACUACUCUAUGUUGGACUAUUAUACCUCAUGCAGGUGAUUGUACAAUAUGGCACUUUAUUUAUUGAAUGCGUAUAUGGAUAAACGGAAUGUUAUUGUUUAAUUUCAAUACAUUGCCACAGUUUUCACAGUACUGGUGUUGUACUAUAAUCACAACCUGGUUGACUAGCUCUCAUUUGGCUUUUAGAGUGUCGCAUGGGCUUUUAUGUGUACCUUUCAAAAAGAAAAAUGCCCAACGGCUCAUCAAAUUAAUAUUACAAAUAAUAUAUUUCAAGAACUGUGGCAAUACUUUCCUACCCUAUUCCUGUGGAAUUGUGGCUUACUGUAAACCUUUGUAAGGAAUGAUGCAGUUUUGUUUUUUUUUACUUUGACAUGCUGAAUAACUAAAAUAAAAAACUUAAAAACAUUUUAAGAACAUUAUUGUUUUAUAGAAAAUACCAGAUACACUUAGAUACAGUGUCACCUUAUCAGAAUAAACUCACUAAAAACAGAACUUUACAAGUAAACAAAACUAGGAGAACAGACAGGGAUUUUAAAUGGAUGUGUAUGAUAUGACUUUAAUCAUACACCACAGUGCGAUAUAUCAAAAAAACUUUUUGGAUAAAAAAUGUGCCUCCAUUUUGGGAUAUAUUAGAUGGGGAUAACUUCCCACAGUUUGGGAUAAUGUCUACCAUGAAUUAAGAUACAUAGUUACACUUAAUCAAGGGAUUUACAUAUAUUUACAUAUAACCCAAUUAUAGGGCUAUGUUACCUUUGACCUAUCAGGGAGCAUUAUAUAUAUAUAUAUAUAUAUAUA